AUGAAGGAGAGUAUUCUUGACCCUGAUUUGCUUCCUGAGACGCUGCAGCAGCUGCUGCAGCAGAUUCAGCGUGACGCCGCAAGCAGCAGCAGCAGCAGCAGCAGCAGCAACUGCUGCUGCUGCAUGGGCAGAGCUGGUGGCUGCAGCAACUGUUGUUAUUUCUUCUCCUUAAAGUGCUGCCCGCGGAACCCCGGAGCAACGACUCACCACAUUAUCAGGCUUCUGCAGCAGCAGCCGCAGCAGCAGCAGCAGCAGCAAGAGGCGCAGCAAGAGCAGCAGAAACAGAAGCUGCUGCUACAGGAAGAGCGUAGUUGUGUCCUGCCCUUGCGAGAACAUAACAGCAGCAGCAGCGGCACAGGCAGCAACACCAGCAACAACAGCAGCAGCAGCAGUAGCAGCAACAUCAGCAGUAGCAGCAGCAGCAGCAGCAGCAGCAGCAGCAGCCGCUACUGGACGUUAGGGAGCGAUGGCCGCAUAAUAAGGCGGCAGCAGCAGCAGCAAAGGUCUCAAGAUGAGGUGUAUGUACACCCCAUCUGCUGCGCGGAUCUGUGGGGAGGAAGCAGAGGCUGGGCCCCGUUGCUGCAGCAGCACUUAUCAGCAUUCAAAGCGGCAGGGACAGCAGCAACAGCAGCAGCAGCAGCAGAAGUAAGGGGGGGGGCCCGUGUCAAAGUGCUGCUGCUCAUACACCCGGACACCUGGUUUGGCGCAUGCGAGGAGCAGCAGCAGCAGCAGCAGCAUGGCGACGCUGCUGCUGCUGCUAUUGCUGCUUCUCAAAUCCGGCAGCAGCACAGCGACAGCAGCGACAGUGAAGGAGACAGCAGCAGCAGCAGCAGCAGAAGUGUUGUUGAACAGCAGCACCAGCUGCUGAAGUCUUUGCUUUUGGGAUGCCGUAAUGUGAGAUCUUGUGCUGCUGCUGCUACUGCCGCUACUUCUGCUGCUGCUGCUGCUGCUGCGGGUGACAGUAGUGCUUCUGCCUGUACAGUUCAUCAAGCAGCAGCAGCAGCAGCAGCAGCAGCAACAGCAGCAACUGUGUACGUGGUAGCAGUGUGGCGGUGGGGGCCUCCUCAGUCUUUGGCUUCCCUCUUUAAAGAGUUGGCGCCGAGUGCGCUGCAGCAGCUGCAUGCAAUGCAGCAGCAGCAGCAGCAGCAGCAGCAGCAGCGGGAGCAGCAGCAGCUGCUGCCGCUGCAGCAAGAAGCACCCCAGGCUGCUGCUGCUGCAGCGGCAAAUGAAGAGGGAGAGAAGGCCCUAGAGCGCUUCAAUAAUACAAUAAAUAGACUGACAGCUGCUGCUCUAGCUAGACACCUAAACAGCAGCAGCAGCACCAGCAGCAGCAGCAGCAGCAGCAGCUGUGCUACCUUUGAAAAAGAGCUGCUUGGCGCCUGUGCCCUUCCGCGGCUGCGGCUGCAGUGCUGCUGCUGCUCCUGCAUCUCGAACAGCAGCGAGAGCAGCAAGAACAGCAGCAGCAGCAGCAAGAGAGAUGAUAAUAGCUCCAGCAGCAGCAACAGCCACAGCAUCAUUAGCAUCAGCAGCAGCACAACCACCACCUGCAGCAUCAGCAGCAACAGCCACAGCAACAUCAGCAGCAUCAGCAGCAGCAGCAGCAGCAUUUGCUGCUGGCGUUGGGCCCGAAGAGCAGGGGUUGUCUGCGUGUUGAUUGUAGGAUCUGCUGCUGCACUGGAAGCAAAUUUGCUGCUGGCAGCUUUAAGCGAAACUGCAGCAGCAGGUUGCCGUUGCUUCUGCGCUUCUGCUGCUGAUAUUAUGGAUGCUGCUGUGGGGAGGUCGCAGCAGCAGCUGCUGCUGCUGUUCUCUCGUGCUGCUGCAGCAGGCGCUGCUGUCUGUCUGCUGCAACUUGAAGAACUGGUAGGCACUGCAGCAGCAGCAGCAACAGCAGCAACAGCAGAAGGAGAUGGCCGAGCAGCAGUGCAGCGAGACCUUGCGCAGAUGCUUCAAGUUGCUAUUCAGGUGUAUGUACACUCCACUGGGGUGCCGCUGCUCUGCAGCUGCAGCUGCCAGCCCCAAGACUUACCUCUAAAUAUAGCGAAGUCCUUCCGCAAUAUCGUUAGAAUCAAAAGCAGCAGCAGCAGCAGCAGCAGCAGCAGCAGCAGCAGGCGCGAGCAGCGGAAGAAACAGCACUGGGGAGCUCUCCCCACAGCAGCAGCAGCAGCAGCAACAGCAGCAGCAGCAGGGGCCCCAUGA